GGCGCUCUCGCCCGCCCCGCCCGCCCCGCGGUCAGCUGAUGGGCCGCCAGCCCCGGGAGGCUGCCGCCGCGCGAACAUGGCGGCCGAGAUCCACUCCAGGCCGCAGAGUAGCCGCCCGGUGCUGCUGAGCAAGAUCGAGGGGCACCAGGACACCGUCACGGCCGCGCUGCUCAUCCCGAAGGAGGACGGCGUGAUCACCGCCAGCGAAGACAGAACCCUCCGAGUAUGGCUGAAGAGAGACAGCGGCCAGUACUGGCCCAGCAUUUACCACACAAUGGCCUCUCCCUGUUCUGCUAUGACUUACCACCACGACAGCAGGCGGAUAUUCGUGGGCCAGGACAACGGGGCCGUCAUGGAAUUUCAUGUUUCUGAAGAUUUUAAUAAAAUGAACUUUAUCAAGACCUACCCAGCUCACCAGAACCGGGUGUCCGCGAUCAUCUUCAGCUUGGCCACGGAGUGGGUGGUUAGCACCGGCCACGACAAGUGUGUCAGCUGGAUGUGCGCCAGGAGCGGGGACGCGCUCGGGAGGCACUUCUUCACGUCCUGGGCUUCGUGCUUGCAGUACGAUUUUGAUACUCAGUACGCUUUCGUUGGCGAUUACUCUGGACAGAUCACCCUGCUGAAGCUGGAACAGAACACCUGUUCCGUUAUCACCACCCUCAAAGGACAUGAAGGUAGUAUCGCCUGUCUCUGGUGGGACCCUGUCCAGCGGUUGCUCUUCUCCGGAGCGUCCGACCACAGCAUCAUCAUGUGGGACAUCGGGGGAAGGAAAGGCCGCACGCUCCUGCUCCAGGGCCAUCAUGACCGGGUGCAGUCGCUGUGCUACCUGCAGCUCACGAGGCAGCUCGUCUCCUGCUCCUCGGACGGUGGGAUCGCCGUGUGGAACAUGGACGUCAGCAGAGAGGAGGCCCCCCAGUGGCUAGAGAGCGACUCCUGCCAGAAGUGCGAGCAGCCCUUCUUCUGGAACAUAAAGCAGAUGUGGGACACGAAGACCCUGGGGCUGAGACAGCAUCACUGCAGGAAGUGCGGGCAGGCUGUCUGCGGGAAGUGCAGCAGCAAGCGCUCCAGCUACCCCGUCAUGGGCUUCGAGUUCCAGGUCCGGAUGUGUGACUCCUGUUACGACUCCAUCAAGGACGAGGAUCGGACUUCUCUCGCAACCUUCCAUGAAGGAAAACACAACAUUUCCCACAUGUCCGUGGACGUUGCCAGGGGGCUGAUGGUGACCUGUGGGACCGACCGCAUCGUGAAGAUAUGGGACAUGACGCCCGUGGUGGGCUGCAGCCUGGCCACCGGCUUUGCCUCGCACUGACCUGCGGCGGCCUGGUCCACACCUCCCGGCGGCAGCCUCCAGACGCCACCCUUCCCUGUGGCGCCACAGUCACCAUCACGUGAACAGGCAGUGGCCACUUAAACAUAGAUCAACACUUUCCAAAAGAAAACAGUUGUAAAGGUGUGUUUCGGGGAACCUGCAGAAACCACCUGCGGGGUCUGAUAGGUGGAGGAUCGUCCUCAGUGGUUCCCGGACAAGUGGAGCUCCUUCCGCGAGACUUCCUCCUGAACACCGAGCAAAUGGGGACUAAAAGAUCAGUCUAGCAAAUGAGAAUUUUAGAGCAAAAAAUAGUGAACUCAAGAGCUGCUGCCUAGAACGCUCUGCAAGCAGUUGUGAGGACACACACACACCUGCCCCUGUGACCUGCUGGGAGCCCGGGGCUGCUGGUGCAGCCAGACUGGGGAACGGAGGCUGUCUCUGUCCCUUGCGGGGGCGCAGCGGGAACUCCAGAGCCCACAGGGGCCUCCUCCCGUGCUGGAGGGUGUGAGCACACUUUACACUUAGCGAUGGGCAGACAUGUUAAAGACGCCUGUUGUCUUCAGGGCCAUUAUCCGCACCGAGCACCUGGCUGGCUCGCUUCCCGUUGCUCCUGCCCGGCAGUAUGCCGUGGGAGAACCUCACAGUUGCUGUGAGUGACUUGUGAAACUUCCAUUUUAACAAAGCAGUCCACAUUCUCCCUGCCCCGCCCCCCUGCCACACGUGUGCUCUGGGGACAAAACAUUUCUAUGGUGCCACUGCCAUGAGAGUCACAGAAGCCGCCUGACUUUCUGUCGUUGCCGUUAGUGACGACGGCCGGACAACCCAGCUGCCAGCAUGCGUGUGGUGGGAAAUGAUCCUUCCGUGCCACGGAGCAGCCCGGCCCUCAUGUUCUGUUUCUAGUUCCAAGGUGAGCCCCCGUGGCAUUGUGGCAAUUUAACACGCGCCUCAGAUCAGAACUCCAAAGCGCUUUAACCCGUGUUGACUUGUAUUUGUAACUAAUGUUAUUUUGGUAACCCAGAGCAAUAGCGUUAACCAGCUCCUGCACAGUAAUUCCCAACUUGUAAACUGCUUUCAUAACAAUUUGCAAAAUCUGUUGUAUCAAAUGGUGUUCGAAAGGGUUUGGUCGCUUGGUACCAGGAUGGAGAAGCGGUGGGGGGAGGGGGCGCCUACUUUUAAUAUUCAAAUAUUUAUUGUUUGAUUGUUUUUAAGAAUAGCACAUGUUUCUAUUACUUUAGGACUGUGGAAGUGAAUGGAGAGAGACCUACUUUUUUUAAGGAUAAAUUUGAAGAUAGCAACAGUAUUUUUGUUAGUCUUCCUAAUGGAUGUUGUUAAAAACUCACUACUGCUUUACUACGUUGGGGUCAUAUCAAGACCAACGUCACUAUACACGAUACAGCUAAGGAACUCAGUCUGUUUUCUAACAGCAGCUGCGAAGGGCUGUCACACUGGACAGGCAGUCACACUGAAAUGUCUUAACGCUGAGGGACUCACAUACUAAGGGGGGGAGAGGUAAGGCGCGUCCUGUUUUAAAAUGAUCUGCUUUGACACUGGCUUGCUUUCAGAAGUAGGACUGAAGCAUUUUGUUGCUCCUUGUAAUUUUUGUACUAUCUCACCUGAAAAAUGCUGUUUCCUUUAAAAACUUUUCCUAGGCUUUCUGCACAAUGUACAUCCCUAGCACGAUCUGGAAGGAAAAUUGAGUGACGGUCACUUUUAAAUGGCAGUGUUGAAUGCUGACGUGCGUUCAGUUCUGGCUCAGCCCACCCAAAGGUGCUAUCCUGGGGAUCUUACGAAGUCCUCAACGGUAAACCGAACGUGGUCAAUUCCUUGCCACAAUGAAAAGUGCUGAACUGCAGUUUUGUUUUCCUCUGUUCUGUAAAAUGUGAUUUUUUUUUUUUUAACGUCUGUGGUAGGCUGAGCAGCAGAGCAUCACAGCUGCUGAGAAGAUGCCAUAGCUUUCAAACUUCUUUUUAUUUCAGCAAUUUUUAAUGCGGAGCCCCAGUGUCCCAUAGAGACCGCAAGUUUGUGGCGGUGCCUCUAGGGGCUAGGCUAACAGAAAUCAGAGGAGCGCGUGUGCCCGGAGGGAGUGGAGCGAGGCAUCCAGAAAGGAAAGAGACGUUUCUAGACACUUUUCUCUCUCCACCCGGGCCUGCUGCGUUUCUGUCUGGAAACACACGUGGCACCCUGGUCUUGUCUCUGACACACACUAGGUAGCAAAGGGGGUACUAUUUUUUAUACAGGUGGGCAGAAAAAUUAUUUUCUCAAUUUUACUGACUGAGCACAUAAGGACAGCACAGCUGCGCUGACAGUUAUUGCCUUACUUCGCAUGACUCUUGAACAGGUCGUUUAAACUAGUUCUUCACGUCACGUUUACUGGUUCUUCAUGGUCCUCUGUCCGAACGGAUUCAGAAGUACAGAAUGUUAGAGAAAAUCCUUAUGUUUAGCUCUCGUAGGUGUGGGAUAAGAAAAUGCCAAUUCUUUAUUUUAAACGUGUUUUUAAUUGGCCAUUUAAUAAUAGCACAAGUGAUAGAGAUACCCCUGUAACAUGAAGGGGGGGCCAUCAUUUAUUUCGUUGGAAGUCCCUGUUUGCCGCAUCCGAGCCGUGCCGCCGCCCAGGGGCCGUGAACAAGAUGUGGUGCUCUGGGCGGCUCCUCGUAGAGAAUCCAGUUCGUCAGUGUCCACGUUUUUAAACUGUUGGCACUGGCCGAAGUUUGUAAUCAGUACCACAGUGGCUCACACCCAAGGAGCUGUUCUCUAAAAAUCAGUUUUCUUUCAAUUACUUUCUCCUUCCGUUACUGGAUCUGAUGUCUCUUGAAGUGUAAGAAACCAGUUACUAUUCAUGGUAAAUCAUCUGCUCAUUACAAAUGUGAGGUUGAACAAAGAAGGGACACAUGCUGUGUUUAUUCAUUGUGAGCGGAUUGCUGAGUGUCUACUCCGUGUGCUGCGGUUUAUGACACUGUAACUCUAGGAGUAAGCUGCGGUUGAAGUGUGCGACGGAUCUGCAUCAGAGUCCAGCUUACACUGUUUUUCUCUAUCGCCUUCCUUUGACCGGGGGAGCCGAGCAAUGUUGACUAGCACGUUUUUUCCCGGUACAAGCAAUGUUUCCAUAAAGACAUAGUGCCCGGCGGAUCCCAGAGAGCUAGAAAAUUUUGUCUUUGCUCCUCUUUGUGGGUUCUGUUUUUGUGGGUUUUCUUUUUUCAGAAAAUACGUACAAUAAAAUACUCCUUGCUUGUUA